AUGAGGAUUUCGGUGAGUAUACAAGUGCUCCUGGCGUUGUCCAUGCUGGUGGGUCUGGCCGCCAGCAAGGAGGAAGCGAAAAAAGAGGCAGAGCCCUCACCCUCAGCGGAAGCUGCAGUGGACGACAGCAAGAUCGAGAAGAAGCAGGAGAAACGCGGACUCUACCACUCAGAAGGCGACUACGGUGGUGGCUACGAGGGCCUCUUUGUCAGCCACGACUCCUCGGACUUGGGAGGUCACUCAAGCUACGGCGGUGAGUCAAGCUUCGGAGGACACUCCGGUGGCCUCGAGCAUCAUCAUCACGAGGCCAAGAUCAAGGAAAUAACAAUAGUGAAGAACGUCAAAGUACCGUACCCAGUCGAGAAGAAGGUUCACUAUCCCGUGGAAAAAGAAGUGCCGUAUCCAGUUAAGGUGCAUGUACCGCAGCCCUAUCCAGUGGAGAAAAAGAUUCCAGUACCGGUGAAGGUUUACGUCAAGGUACCUGUUCACAUACCAGCGCCUUAUCCUGUUGAGAAGAAAGUGCUUUAUCCGGUGCACGUGCCAGUGGACAGGCCUGUACCCCACAAGGUUUACAUUCCGGCGCCUUAUCCAGUAGAGAAAAAAGUUCAUUAUCCAGUUAAAGUGCCUGUGCCCCAGCCAUUCCCGGUGGAGAAAAAGGUGCCGUACGCCGUCAAAGUACCUGUUCACGUACCCCAGCCUUAUCCAGUGGAGAAACCAGUGCCUUAUCCAGUCAAGGUACAUGUCGAUAGGCCUUACCCCGUUCACGUAGUCAAGCCUUAUCCCGUGCCCGUUGAGAAACACGUGCCCUAUCCCGUCGACAAACCCGUUCCCUACCCCGUCAAGGUACACGUUGACAGGCCUGUUCCCUACCACGUCGAGAAACCCGUUCCCUACCCCGUCAAAGUUCCUGUACCUGCGCCCUACCCCGUCGAGAAAGCUGUGCCUGUACCCGUCGAAAAGCCCGUACCCUACGCCGUCAAGGUCCCGGUCGAAAGACCAGUCCCCGUACAUGUCACCAAACACGUGCCCUAUCACGUCCCCAAACCUGUUCCUUACCCCGUCAAAGUACCCAUCCCCUACCCUGUUCAUCAUCAUGAACAUCAAGAACAGCACGAGCCUGAGCACCACGACUUCUCCGGCGGCGACUACUCCGGAGGCGAGCACGGAGGAGAAAUCGAGUCUCACGGGUACUGA